UAUUUCUGAACUUACUAGGAAAUUUAGGACACAUCCUGUUUAUUUGAUGUUCAGGUCUAAAAGGUCAGGUCUAUUAUUAUUUUUUUUUUUUUUGACAGUUUUCAAAAUUAUAUUGCUUUUUGUAUAUCUAUAUGGUUAAUUACUACUCACUACUAAUUGUUCUUUAGUAGAUAAUUUGGUGAUGUUCACAGGGCAUUCAAGUAAAAAAUAUACUAGGGCUUUAGCAUUUGGUGUCUUGGGUAAAUUUGUUAGAGCACAUGCAUGCUGUGACUCUGGUUAUGGUCAGGCUUAUUUCGGCAAUGGAACAAAGUUAACUGUCUUAGAGCGUGAUGUAAAAGAACCAGAAGUAGAAAUCCUUAAACCCUCUGGAAUUGAGACGAGGUGUAAGAAAACAAUCACUCUUGUAUGUGUGGCUGAAAAAUUCUACCCAGACCAUGUGAGCAUAACAUGGACCCUUGGAGACAAAGAAAUAAAAGAGAAUGUAGCAACAGACCCUUAUGCCACCCAAGACAAAACAACAAAAUUGUUCAGCAUGACCAGCAGACUUAAAGUCUCUAAAAAAGAAUUCAAACCAAAAAACAAAUACAGAUGUACAGUGAACUUCUACAAUGGAACACAUGAUAUCUCUGACAAUACCGAUGAAAUAAAUGGAAUUGAAGGGAGUGAAUAUGAGCCAGAAGACUAUGUAAAAUCUGCACAGUGGAUGAAAUUGGCAUACAGUGUGUUCAUCGCUAAGAGUGGACUGUAUGGUCUUGUCGUCUUAGUGUAUGUAAUGAGAAAGGGUUCAUCUGGAAAGAGAAUGAACUGAACAAUCCUGGAUUGACAGAGUUAUCAAGAAAACUCAAUCCAUUGACUCCAUCCAGAAGAGAUGCUGAUUAUAUAACUGAAGAUUCUUUCUAUAUUUUUUCAUUUUAUUUGUUCUCUUUCUGUUCUUUUCUGAGUGUAUAUCCCAGUGAAAACCUGCAGGUACUUCAGAUCAGAUUAAUCAUAAAAUCUUUUUUUGAUAAUAUAUAUAUAUUUUUUUCUUUUGCUUAUUUCCUUGCUAUUGUACAUAGUUACAAUUCGAUAACAUACUACUAGUAAAACAGACUUAACAGAGCUAAAUAUAACUCAUUGUUUUUCAUAUUAAGAUUUACUGUAUUUUUUUGUUAAUUAUUCAUAAAUAAAUGCAUAUUACCAACAAAGAAAAUUCUCACUUAUUUUAUAGGCAUAUUGUUCACCAAUUCAAGACUAAUAGCUAGUUUGAUAGCUUUUAUUUUUGCUGUAGACCAUUUGGUAGAGUACAUGGCACUUGCUGUUAAAGGUUUCAUUCUCAGGGAGCAUAAAUGAAUUGUACGCCUUGAAUUGCAUCGAAUAAAAACAUCUGCAAAAUGCUUUAAAGGAAAAGACAAUUUGUAGCCAAUAACGUUCAUAGGACUGACAAUGAUCUCCCAAUUGCUUUCAAUUAAGUAACAACAUGGUAACAAUGGUGUAACUGGUUGAUUAUAUUCUGUAGCCUAUGUGGUCUUUAUAUAGGCCUCCUAGUGCAUACACACUUUUACUGGUCGCUAAAACAUUGUAACUGGGAAUAAAUAACUUUUUACU